AUGCGGAAGUUUGCGCACCUGCCGAUCAGCCAGGCGACGAAGGCGGCGCUGCGGGAGUGUAAAUUUAAGGAGAUGACGGCUAUACAGCGAGCGACGCUGCCGCACGCGCUGUGCGGACGAGACGUCCUCGGUGCGGCGAAAACGGGAAGUGGGAAGACGCUGGCGUACGUCGUGCCUUUGAUCGAAUCGCUGUGGCGGAAGAAGUGGGGACGGCAGGAUGGCGUCGGGGCGUUGGUGAUAUCGCCGACGCGAGAGUUGGCCAUUCAGAUUUUUCAAUGCCUCACGAAGGUGGGCGCGAGGCACACGAUGUCGGCUGGGCUGUUGAUCGGGGGAAAGGACGUGCAGGAAGAAGCGAAUAGGGUGAAUAAGAUGAAUAUUUUAGUGUGCACGCCCGGAAGGUUGUUGCAGCACAUGGAUGAGACGCCGAUGUUCGACUGCGUGACGCUGCAAAUGUUGGUACUCGAUGAGGCGGAUCGAAUGUUGGAUUUAGGAUUCACGAAGACGCUCAACGCCAUCAUCGACAACUUGCCAAAGAAUCGUCAAACACUGCUGUUCAGUGCGACGCAGACGAAGAGCGUAAAGGAUUUGGCGCGACUUGGGUUGAAGGAUCCCGAAUACUUAUCAGUGCAUGCGGAGAGCGUACAUUCGACACCGCCCAAGCUGCAACAAAUGGUCACCACAUGCGCGCUUGAGAAGAAAAUUGAAGUGCUGUGGUCAUUCAUAAAGACUCACUUGAACGCGAAGACGCUCGUGUUUUUCUCGAGCUGUAAGCAGGUGAAGUUUGUGUACGAAAUUUUCAAGCGCAUGCGACCCGGGGUGCCGCUGCAGUGCAUUCACGGACGAUUGAAACAGGCGCGACGCCAGGGCGUGUUUUACAACUUCUGCAACGCCAAGGAAACAGUUUUGUUCGCGACAGACGUCGCAAGUCGUGGUUUAGAUUUCCCAUCCGUCGAUUGGGUCGUUCAAGCGGAUUGUCCAGAGGACGUCGCGACGUACAUUCAUCGCGUCGGACGAACGGCAAGGUACACGGCCGCUGGUAAAGGUCUAUUGAUGCUCACCCCGGGCGAAUCUCACUUCAUGAAAGAGCUCGAGGUGGCAAAAGUUCCUCUGAAGCCGAUCAAACUCAACCCCAAAAAGCAGUCCUCGCGCAUUCAAAGCUCGAUGCAGGGAUUACUUUCUAAGGACAGUGAUUUAAAAUACUUGUCGCAACGCGCAGUGAUUUGCUAUCUGAGAUCGGUGUAUCUCCAAAAGAACAAGAAGGUCUUCGACAUCAAGUCUAUCGAUAUGGAUGCCUACGCAUUCUCCAUGGGAUUACCGAACGCACCGCGCUUGAGAUUCUUACAACAAGGAAAAUCAGCCGGCGCGCGCGACGAGAGCGAUUCCGACGACGACGACGAAGCGGAAGACGACGCCAGUGAUCGAGAGGAGGAUGAGGCGAGCGAU